UGAAAAGUUAUGAUUCCCAGGAGACUUUAGAUAUCCUGCAUGGUUAUGAAGAUAUCUUCAUCUCCUUGUGGAUUACUGGAGGGGGCAGCUAAGUCAAGGUCUGCAAAUGCAUCCUUAGACUUCUUUUCUUUUCCUUGGAAAAGAUUCUUGAAAGGGGUAUUGAUUCCCAUGUUUUCUUUACAAGGACGCAUCUCUGUGCUACCUUCAAAACAGAGCUUCUGAUGAUACCUUCUAGCUUUGUCACCGUCAGAUGCUUUUCUUUGAGAGACUAAUUGUUGAAGGAGUUCUUUUAUCUCCCUUGACAUACUUUGUCUCUCUUCUGAGGUAUGUACGAAGCUUGAGCUUUUAUUUGCUAGCACUUUUCUUCGGUUCAUUUCCUUAAAGGAUGGUACAACAGCAGAGGCCUUAGUUGUCUCAGAUGGAUAUCUCUCUUCCAAAACUCUUCUCUUCUGAUUGAACUUAGUGUCUUCAAAUUUACUACAAGAGAUACUUGGCUUCGGAAAGAAGUUGGUUUUUCCUUUAGAAGUAACAUUUCCUUUGUUUUUCAUCGGGCUGUUGCUCAUUUUGCCCUCGGUUGAAUCCUUCCUUAGUGCCUGAACCUUAUUCUUUGUGACUGGGCUCGAGGUUUCGUCAUCUCAAUCGCAGAUGAGUUCUUGUUUCUCCCAGAAACUCUUGUCUUCCAUUUUAGUUGAAUAUUAA